GUUACUACUAUGUCGGAGACAUUUGAAAGCACUAGCAUAGAAGACCGGAAAUUCACAAUUCAAAAUCAUGGCUUAGCAGAUCGAUAUGAGCUUCUGCAGUUUCUAAAUCGUUUUCUAUCACUCUCCACGUGUAUUUUGCUACACUUGUUUUACGGCUAUUCACUGUGAACAAAUUUCGAGUCAAAAAUGAUUACCAGAUAUUAAUAAUUGCUCAAUCUUUCAUAAACAUAUUUGCGAACAUUUUUGGGCUAAUAGUUAAUCAGAUCCAAACAUUGAACAUUAACUAUGUGAAAAUUGGCCACCCGUUUUGGCAGUUUUCUACAAAUGAAAAAUUGGUGUAUACCCUUACAAUGGAGAGUUUUUCCUCGAGUACCCAAGAUUUUUUGAUGCUUUUCAAUCUUCAUAGAAUAUUUAUCAUUAAAAAAAAAAGUCUUACCCUCCUGUACGGCAUUGCUAUUCCUCUGAUGCUUCUCGGACCACUUAUCUACUCCUAUUUCGCUGAGUCAGUUAUAAGUUCCGGAAAAGUUAUGGACAUAUUCUUCAAGCACAGUCGGGUCCCCAUUAUCACUACAGUUAUCACAAUAUGCUUUGAAGAACUCAAGAAAGAGUUCGCGAAAAACAGUUCCUAUUCGGAAAAGACGAAAAAGUUGCAGCAGAAAUUAAGCUGGAGCAUUAUGUCUCAGGUGGUUAUGCUAUCAGUGAUUGUGAUUAUUAUAACCGUCAUUCCUAAUAUGUUGUUGUUAUUAUUCGAUGCGGAAGUUUUUGGAAGAUUUGCGGUGAGCUACACAAUUUAGUCUCUGGUAAUCACCGAAUGGUAUUCCUUCUUCUCCGCCGUCAUAAUUACAUGGUCUAUUACCGGAUUUUUCAAGAAUCAAGCAGUUGAGCAUCCGAUUUUUCAAAAAUCUCGUUCAUCUCUGGUUGACUAGACGACCAUAGCAGCAUAAACUCCAAAAAAGUAGGAAAAUUGCGAAACUUUCGGGGGUGCUUGAUUUAAUAAAUUGCACAUAACUUGUGAGUAAUUCGAUAAAAAAAUGUGCACGAGACUUACAUUGAGCUGCCCCCAUUAUGAGUAUGUCGAACUCCUUGGAUACCACGUUUUUAUCUCACACAAAAUUCACAGAAUUAAACUCCGAGGUUACCGAUUUUUUCGAAUGGCUACAGUACAUUAACCGAAUUUUGGCUCUAUCCUCGUGUAUUUGGCUCCACGUGGCAAUUUGCUCACGACUCUUUAUUGUGAACAACUUCCGGGUGAUAAGUGACUAUCAAAGGCUGAUAAUUGUGCAAUCUGUGAUAAAUAUUAUCGCCUCGGUUUUCGAGCUCAUUGUGAACGAGAUUCAAACGGUCAACCUGGACUAUGUUAAAAUUGGGCAUCCAUUUUGGCAUUUUUCCCAUGUCGAACGAGUAAUUUAUACAAUAUCUAUGGAGACGUUUUCCACGAGUUCUCAGGAUUUUCUAAUGCUUUUCAACUUGCACCGACUAUUUAUCAUUAAAAAAAAAAGCCUCGUCCUACUCUACUCCAUUGCCAUUCCCCUAAUGCUUAUUGGUCCAAUCAGUGAUGCAGUAAUAGCGUACCCAGUUAUCCUCUCCGGUCAGGAUAUGAAUGUAUUUUUCAAACACGGUCAAGUACCACUUAUCACCGUUGUCAUCGUUAUUUGCUAUGUGAAACUGAAAAAGGAAUUCGCUACCAACCAAAGUUUCUCGGAAAAAACCAGGAAAUUGCAGGAGAAGCUGAGUUGCAGUAUUUUAGUUCAGGUCGUUAUGUUGUUUGCGAUACUCGUUAUCAUUUCCAUCAUACCAGUGGUAAUAUUGAUAGUUUUCGGAGAAGAUGUGUAUCAAUUACAUGCAGCGAAGUACACUAUAGUGGUAUGCCUUGGUCAUCACCGAAUGGUACUCAUUUCUCUCCGCAGUACUCAUCGCUUGGUCUAUAGCCGGAUUUUUCAAAGCACCAAGCCCCCCGGCAACCAUUCAACACUCUGA